GCCCGGACACCGGGCAAACUCAGCUGUCAUCUGAGUCCGUCGAUGAUAAAGAUGGCAGGGAACACGUCUUACACUAUAGUAGAGUAUUUCGGCGGAGAUGACGGUUACCGCUGUGGUUACUGUAAGAAUGAGAAGGGAAACUUUUCUCACGGGAUGUGGUCUCACACCAUGACUGUGCAAGACUACCAAGAUCUCAUAGACAGAGGAUGGAGACGAAGUGGGAAGUAUGUCUAUAAGCCCAUAAUGAGCAAGACAUGCUGUCCACAGUACACCAUCAGAUGCCAUGCACUGAAAUUCCAGCCUUCCAAAUCCCACAAGAAAGUCCUGAAGAAGAUGAGCAAAUUCAUUUCCAAAGGGGAAUUACCAAAAGGACAGGAUGAUGGGGAGCCAAUGGACUCGGUGUGUGAAGAAGCAAGUCCAAGGGAACCGAGUAAAGUCUGUCACUCAGAAGUAAAGUGUGCUGAUGUCACAGACAUUCAGAAGGAAGUAGCAGAGUGUCCCGCUAUCACAGAAGUACAGAAGGAGGUAGCGGAUGCCGCACCUGCCAGCUCAGAAACAUCAAUAAAGGAUCCAGUGUCUGUCCCAGAUGGGAGAACAAUAGCAACAGCUCCAAAACCAGGAGUGGGAGCUGAUGCUAGCCGGCCGCUAUGUCGGAAGGCAAAAGACCUGAGGAAGGAGCGACGUCUUCAGAAAGAGCAGAUGAGGUGUGAAGCUGAUGGGGUCUCUUCCAUUGUCUCUCCUACCCCAACUACUCAGACCAACCAACCCAAAUCCCUGGAAGAUUUCAUCAGUGAAUCAUUGCCUGACAGCUCUUCUCAUUGCCUUGAGGUGAGGCUAGUGCGCUCCAAUCCCCCUAGCCCGCAGUUCAAAGCCUCUUUCGACGCCUCCUACCAGGUGUACAAACUCUACCAGAUGGCCAUUCACAAGGACCCUCCUGACAAACCCUCCGAGAGCCAGGUGAGGCUAGUGCCAGUCAACUUUGAGGACCCUCAGUUCACAGCAUCCUAUCAGCAGUCGGUGGCGCUGUACGCCUGCUACCAGAUGGCCAUUCAUGGCGAUGACCCCAGCGAAUGUAAUGAGAGUGAGUUCCGGAGAUUUCUCUGUGAUUCACCACUAGAGGCCGAACAUUCUCCAGAUGGGCCCGAGAUGGGCUACGGCUCCUUCCACCAACAAUACUGGCUGGACGGGCGUAUUGUGGCAGUCGGGGUGAUCGAUAUCCUGCCUACGUGUGUGUCCUCUGUCUACCUGUACUACCACCCAGACUUUGCCUCACUGUCUCUGGGCUCCUACUCUGCUCUCAGGGAGAUCGCUUUCACCAGGCAGGUGCAGAAACAGUCCCCCAAGCUGUCCUACUACUACCUGGGCUUUUACAUUCAUUCCUGUCCCAAGAUGCGGUAUAAGGGACAGUACCGGCCUUCAGACCUCCUAUGCCCCGAAACCUUUGUCUGGGUACCAAUAGAGCGAUGCCUACCCCAGCUGGAGAACUCCCGCUAUGCUCGUUUCAACCAGGAUGCUGAUGCAGGAGAUGUUCGGGUGCUGAAGGAUGUGGGAAGAGCUCUGGUGCUAUACAGACGGACCGUCAUGCCCUAUGCAGUCUACUCCCGCAAACGCAAAGGCUCCAGCGACGAGGCGGAGGUGCAGCAGUACGCCGGCUUGGUUGGCCAGGACUGUGCUGAAAGGAUCUUGCUCUACCGCAACUAAACACACAGCCACUGCACCUUUUUAUUAUGCGUAAACACACUUCCCAGCAAUGUAUGUCUAUUUAUUUAUGUCUGUGUGUCUCCUUACUGUCAAUGAAAGUGCUUUCUGCUGCCUCUCCACGUAGUCCCUCCAUGCGUAGCUCUACACUGGCUGGAACAAUGCAGUAGCCGCUCACUGUCUAAUGUAUGUACUGUAUGUAUGUCACCCAUUGGCCUCAUUCAUCAGUAAUCAGUCAUUCACAUAUAUGAUUAAAAUUUUUUUUCACCCCUGAAUCCUGCAGCAUCCAUUCUCAGUUUAGUUCUUGUGCAUCUGUUUGUUUGAUUUGACUCUGUGCAGGGACCAGUCCCUUGAAUGUCAUUUGAUAUGAUGUGUUCAUCGCUUUGAUUAUAUGCGCCACCUUCAAUCCUGUACACUUAAAUAAUGGUGUCAAAAGAGCGUGUAGCUGCACACAGGUGAGAGCUCUUCUCUGAACUGGCACAGGUUUGGACUUCUUCCUCCUUUGGUGAUUUUUGAAGGUGGUUUUCAGUUGCUUACAUUAUAUCCCAAAACAUCAAACUGACUUGUUCCACACCACAACAUGGUAAAGAUUUUUAUCACUGGGUUUACGUGAAGCAAAGAACUCACUGUCUUCAAUGUUUUUGUCUGUUAUAUUUAUAGUUUUAUUUGCUUUGCUUUUCUUUUCUUUUAAAAACACUAUUAUUUUUGGUUAAACUGAAUAAAGGGGUUGUAUAUUCCCUGC